UCCAUCUCUGCCGCCCCUCCCCCUCCCUUUUAACAACCCUACCCCACCGCCGCCGCCCCUCCCCCAUUCAUUAUGCCCCAACCACCACUUCCUCUCUCCGCCCCCGCCGCCAGAUCUGUCCUCCAUGGCCACCAUAGCUUCGCCAUCCUCCCCAUCCCCGCACGACGACGACAACAACAUCCCCAUCGCCAUCCCUUCCAUCUCCACCGUCUCCGUCUCCCUCUCCGCCUCCGCUCCUGCCACCUCCUCCCGCCGAUUGCCUCCGCCGUGCUGGUCCCCUGAGGAGACCGUCGCUCUCAUCGACGCCUACAAGACCAAGUGGUACGCCCUCCGCCGCGGCAACCUCCGCGCGAACCACUGGCAGGAGGUCGCCGACGACGUCGCCGCCCGAUGCCCCGCGGAUACCCCCAAAACCUCCGUCCAGUGCCGCCACAAGAUGGAGAAGCUGCGGAAGCGUUACCGCGGCGAGAUCCAGCGAGCCGCCGCCCACGGCGGCGUCCGCCGAUUCACAUCGGCUUGGGUCCACUUCCAGCGGAUGCACGCCAUGGAGAAAGGCCCCAAUCCGACCCCUCCUUCGUCCUCCUCCGCCUCCUCUGACGACGACGAUGAUGCCGACCGUAAGAACACCAUCAAACGCAUCAACGAUUUACACAAUCACAAGCAGAAAUUCAACGUCGGCGCUCAAGGAUUUGGAUUCGAGAGCACCCCAGCCAGCGGCGUCCGGAUCAAAUUCCCCGGCCAGGUGAUCCCCGGUCCUUCUUACCCGAAAUUCGAUCAAAUCGGCGCUCACUACCCUUCAAUUGCCAACCCUCACCCUAACCCUAACCCUAACCCGAGAUUUCCCAAUUCAAACUCAAAUAAGGUUAUGAGUGAGGGCUUUGGUUCAAGAGUUGAAAUGAGGCAAAAUGGCAGUAAGAAUGAUGCCAAAGGAGGAGUUGCAGCAGCUGCAGCAGCUAUACAAGCAUUAGGUGAGGGGUUUAUGAGGGUGGAGAAGGCGAAAAUGGACAUGGUAAGGCAAAUAGAGGAGAUGAGAAUGGAGAAUGAGCUGAAACGGACGGAGAUGAUCCUCGAUUCGCAGCACAGAAUUGUCGAGGCAUUUGCCAAGGCAAUAUCAGAGAGAAAUAGCAAGAAAGCUAAAAGGGAUUCGACAAAUUGACUUCUUUAAAUUCAGGAACUACAAGGGAUUGAGGGCCUGUUUGUUGCAGCUAUUAUGAUCUCCAUGAAGUUAAAUUAUUGGAGCUAAUGAGGUAAGGGAUGGACCCUAUUACCAAAUCCCGAACUCUAUUUUAUGAAUUUUGAAAGUAGGCCAUGUUAUAUCAUGUUCUUGAGUUGAUCUUGCAUUGAUUGAAUUGUUUGUUGAUGAAAGCUAUAGUCUUUUUAAAUAUGCAAAUCUUGUGCCUUGUUUUGUUUCAAGUCUUGAGAAAUUUGUGGCGUUGCCGUUAUUGUAGUUCAGUUUAACAUCGGUGGUUGUGAUCUUCGGAGCUGAAUUAUUGUGUUAGUGAGGUUGUGAUCGACAAAUCCUUUGUGGGCAGGUGUUGUUUGUCGGGUUGGGAGAAUUGGCCAGACUAAGUUUAUGUAGUUUGAUCUUUUUGCAUAAUUUGCAUUAAAUUGAACUGUUUGUGAAAGCCCCGUUGUUUUUUUGAGUAUGUUAAAUCUUGUGCUCUCCA